ACAUGUGAGUUUGAAUUUGAUAUAAAAAUAAAAACAUUAAAUUCAUAACCAAUAAUAAGAUGUUACAAGACGACACACAAACUAUUAUAUCUAAUUUGUACAAGUAUUUAUUGGGCGAGGAGAAGUAUGUACAUGGACUUUUGGUGAAAAAGCAUUCUGGAAACUUGCAACAACUGGGCGAUUUUAGUUUCCCAAACAAUGUGAAAUCGUGGCAAGAAUUUUUGGACUCUGUUCAAUUACAAAACAGCUUGAACCAAGUUUCUUUGUUGAAAUAUAUUAACAAAGAUCUUACAAAUCUAAUUGAAACGUCACAGAAUUGGGACAUACCGGUAGUGAAAGCUACAGAGCUAAACGAACGAAUACAUUUGCUUAUCGACCGAUUCAAAGCGAUUCAGGUCUGUUUUCAUAAUGCAUCGAUCAACAAUGAAUUUAUAUUACAAAGAAUACACGGAAAUACAAAUCUUGUAAAGUUAGAUCCCAGUUGCAAAAAAACGAACUGUAUAACAUAUUUACGAAUUAAAAUUUUAACUGAUGUUAUUAGAAAUUUAUAUUUACUUAAUGUAUGUCCUGAAAGUACAGAUAUAAUUGUAACAUUGAAGUCUAAGUCUGAUGUUAAUAAUUAUAAUAAAUCAAUUUUCUGUGGUACAGUUUUGAAUGCAAAAACUGGAACUAAGGAGAAUACUAUAACUGCUGAGGAAUAUAUUAGAAUAAGGCAAGAUGAAUUAACUUUAAUUGCACAACAUAAAUAUGGAGUUCGAGUGUCCACAGAAGCAAAAUGGAAAGAAUUUAUAGCAAGUCUAGGAGAAUCAGCAGUUGCAUUCGAAUUACUACAAACGAAAUGUACCAGCCCUGUUAAAAUACAAUUUGAUGCCUCAGGAGGAUCUAGCAAAGGUGCUGCAUUUAUCUUGUACAAUUGUGCAAGAUUGGAAACUAUUAUUAAGACUUUUAAUGAAAAAGUAAAUGAAGGGACUUACCCACAAUUACCUCCCAUAGAGAAUGCAAACUUAUCCUUGCUAGCUGAUGAGGAUGAAUGGAAUCUUGUAUUUAAUUAUGUCAUGGGUGUUCCGUCACUGUUAAAAAGCAGUGUUGAAAUCAAUGAAAAAAAAUGUGAAUUUCGACCACAUUUGAUAUGCAAUUUUCUAAGCAGUAUGGUCAAAAUACUAAGUCAAUACUACAGGAGAGUCAGGAUUUUAACUGAACCGCGAAAGCAUCUGCUGCCAGUCAUGUUUGCACGUAUUCACUUAAUAAUUACAUUAAAUAAUACACUAAAAAUUUGUCUAAGAAUAUUAAAUAUUAAAAGCGUUUCACAAAUGUAUAGGACACUCAUUUUAUUUCCCCAAUCCUUUGUAAAUUUCAAUAAAUUUAUGACAUAA